AGAUCAUAUGCCUUCAUGAGCGGCAGCGUUGUCCGAGAUCUAGUCGCCAACAUGCAGCUCUUUGGCCGCGCCCAGGAGCUACACACUCUCGAGGUGACCGGCCAGGAGACGGUCGCCCCGAUCAAGGCUCAUGUAGCUUCGUUGGAGGGCAUCGCUCCAGAAGAUCAAGUCCUGCUCCUGGCUGGCACGCCCCUAGAGGAUGAGGCUACUCUGGGCCAGUGUGGCGUGGAGGCUCUGAGCACUCUGGAAGUAGCCGGCCGCAUGCUUGGAGGUAAAGUCCACGGUUCCCUGGCCCGUGCUGGGAAAGUGAGAGGUCAGACUCCCAAGGUGGCCAAGCAAGAGAAAAAGAAGAAUACCGAGAGGCGUAAGCAGUACAACCGGCGCUUUGUCAAUGUUGUGCCCACCUUUGGCAAGAAGAAGGGCCCUAAUGCUAACUCCCAAGUCCUCUGUAAUCUUGGCUUUCUCUAAUAAAGCCACUUAAC